AUGAUAAUUAAGUAUAUCCUCUUAAAUAUACUAAUCCAAUUAUGCAAGACAAUCAAAGUUUAAGGAGAUUUAUGUUCUUGUGAAGAUCUUUAAGUUUCAGAAUGUUUGAAUUCUUAUAAAUGUUCAAUAAAUGGAAAUGUUUGUGGAAACUUAAUUUGUUCAAAUAGAUCUUCAGGUUAAUGUUCAUCAACCGAAACUAAUUAUAAAUGUAAAUGGAAUGCUUCUACAUAAACUUGUAUUGAUUAUACAUAUUCAUGCUCUGAAAUUCCAUUAACAGAUUGCUCAUAUAAUUCUCAAAAAGACAUCAAUUGUGUUCCUGAUGCUAAUUAAAAUUGCGUAGAGUUUUCUUGUGCUCUAGCAUCAUUUAAUUGCCCUAGAAACUUAUGUUCUUAUACUUACAACGGUGUAUGCUCAAAUCCAAUUUAAGGAUUGAAUUGCUCCACUUUAUCUAAUAAUCUUUGUGAUUUUUAUUAUGAUGGAGUUGGUCAUGUUUGCAAUUUGAAUGAUAUAGGUAAAUGCACUUCUUAUAACCUUUACGGAUUAAAUUUUAGAUGUUCUGAAUGGAGUGAUUCAAAAAAUGCUUGUUAAAAAAUCAACUGUAUUUAUGAUGAAGAUACAAAAAAAUGCAGAGAAUUCAAAUGCAUAGAAAUAAUUGAUCAAAAUUAUUGUACAAAAUAUAAUUAUAAUAAUGAAUUAAAAAUUGUUGAAAUAUGCAAAUGGUAUUAAGGAUAAUGUUCAUCACUUGAAAUAACAGAUAUAACCAAAUUUAAAGAAUAUGAAUGUUAAGAAAAAACUGGAAAUAGAUUUUGCUGGAAUUCAACUUAUGGAUGUUAACCUUGCAAAUAAAUCUAGAUUAUUAAUUCAGAUCCAGAUUUAUGUAAUACUUGUAUUUAACAAAUUAAUACUUGUGCUAAACUAAAUAAUACUUAUUCUUAUUUAACUAAUAUCUGCUUUGAAAAAAUAACUUGUCCUACUUGUCCUACUUGUUAAACUGGUUCAACCUGUCCUACUUGUCCAACCUGUCCAACCUGUCCAACCUCUUUAAAAAACCUGACAUGUUCUGAUCUAACUAAAAAUUAUGGUACUUUAAUAGGUCAAUGCUAUUCUAAAGAUACAGAAAAUUCUACUAAUACAAAUUGUCCAAAAACAAUAUCAAGUUGUUCUGAUCUAGUUAAUAACCAUAAUACACAGUGCAAUAAAGAUUUAAAAUAAGAAACAUAUUGUUCAAAAUAAGAUUUUCCGCAAUACAAAAGUUGUGAAGAACUUAAAUUAUAAUAUUCUGAUAUAUUACCAACCUGGUUUGAUUGCGAGUAUCAAAAUGUAUGUAUAGAAAGCUCAGAUGAUAAAAUGUGGAUUCCUUUUCUGAUUCUCUUUAUUAUAUUUUUUAUCAUAGUUGUUGGAAUAAUAAUUAAGAAAUAUUUUAAAAUCAACUCAACCACACAAAUUGCAAUACCAUUUGACAAUAAAGAUUUGGAUGGUGAUUUACAACGUUGA